GAAGAUAUUACUAGGUGGCAACCUUUGGCUUGUGACUGAUUGUCAAAGAAAUUUUACAACCCACUGUAACCAGAUGAAUAUUUUGCCCAAGAAACGCUGGCAUGUGCGCACCAAAGAUAAUAUUGCCCGUGUGCGACGGGACGAAGCAGCCGCACAGGAUGAAGAAAGAAAACGGUUGGACAAGUUGGAAUUGGCUGAGAGCGAAGCCCGCAUAAACUUUCUGCGACGUCAAUCCGGAUUGCCGGAAAAGUUAUCAACGGACACUGCUGCACCCGGAACCAGCGAAACUUCUACGGAGGAAGACGCACAAAACAGUGCAGUUCGGUCGGUAGAUUUGUUUGCAGACUACAAGAGCCACGUUAAGAAAACGAAUAAGGAUUUGGAAAAGGAGAAGAAGGAUGAACAGGAAAAGUACGAGAAACAAAUCGGCUAUCUAACCUAUUUGGGACAGGAUACAAAUGAAGCUCUCAAAGUGCGCAGCUGGUAUGAAGUGGCUCCAAAACGUGCUAAAAUUGACGACCGCGAUGCCACAGAAACACAUUUAAAGCAAAAGUUAUCCGAAGAUCCAUUAACGUUAGUAAACGCGCUGAUUUCGGGAGACAAGAAAUCUGUUCAAGCCCCUGUCAAACGACGGGAACCGCCGCCAGAACCGUCAGCCGAACCAGAAUCAAUACAAUCAGAGUCGUCAAGAUCCAAGAAACACAAAAAGGAAAAGAAACAUCACAAGAAACAUAAGAAGCACAAGCACAAAAAUCACAAAGUGGAAAAGUUAACCAAAGAGAUGGCCGCCAAUGCAAAACGUGAUAAAUUAAACAUGUUGCGAAAAGAGCGUCUGCUGCGGGAAGCAGCAGAGCAGCGUCGCCAGGAGCAGCUGUUCGCACCAAAAGAAUCGGAGCUGCCUGUUGAGGCUACUAAGACGCCAGCGCCCACGCCGCGUAUUGUGCAAAAGUAUAACAGCCAAUUUAAUCCAGAAUUAGCAAAGCAAAAUAUGAUUUAAUACUAUAAAAUGUAUUUGCAAAGUAAAAAUAUAA